AUGUCUGAGGGAUCCCUAGUUUGCCCACAUGUAAUCAAGAUGAUUGGUUACAUUCAAAGGCUUGAGAUUUUGGGAUUUGUCAUGGAUGUAGAACUUUCUAUGGAUAUUGUUAUGCAAUCCUUGCUUGACUCUUUCUCCCAAUUUAUAUUGAACUUCAAUAUGAAUGCAAUGGAGAAGACUCUCUCAGAGCUACUGAGAUUGCUGAAGACAAUGGAGAAGGACAUGACAAAGUUCAAACUAGUGUUGUUAGUUGCUGCUGCACAUGGGAAAGGAAAGGGUAAACAAGGCAGAGGAAAGGCCAAGGCCAAUCCUAAGUUUAAGCGUAAAACCCAAGAUGUCAUUAAGCCUACUUGA